AUGCGCCCGAUGCUCGGCUGGACCCGCAGCCACAGCUCGGAGGAGGGGGCGGCCGCCGAGCCGGCCAGUGCGGCGUGGUGCACCCCGGAAGCGCCAGCCAAAUCAUCCCGCGAUGGGUCUCCGUCGCGGACUUGGUUCUCCACAUCGAGAGAAGCAAGCAUUGACGGACAGCAUCCCCAGCGGACAGGCGGAGGCCUCACCUGCUCGGCGGUCAUGCUCGUGUGCACCGUGGCGCUGGCCUUGACGACGGUGGUGGUGAUGCUGUGCUGGAUCCUCUACGUGAGCGUGUGGCCCGACGCGGGCGGUUGGCGCCCUCCGUCGCUGCCGAGGCCGGCGCUGCCCGAGCUGCCCGAGCCCGACGCCGUGCUGGGGCCGCAGGACGAGUGGUUUGACUUCAAGCCAGAGUGCGGCAAGGUUGAGAAGGAUCUCGAGUACAAGGUGGGCAAACAUUUCACCGACCACCUGGACCACAUUCCUAGCUGGGAGAUGUGCUGCGCCAUGUGCCAAGGCAUCCAGGACUGCGAGGCGUGGGUCUGGAAGGAGAACAAGGCCCUCAAGGACGGGGAGCCCCACUCCUGCUUCAUCUUCGACAGCGUGCCGUCUGGGAGGGGGGAAAUCCCAGAAGGUCGCCAAGAAGAACGUAGUUUCUGGACCGCCGCUGCUCCUGCCGUGGCCGCCCAGACGUUGAUUAGGAGUAUCCGGACGAGGAGAUCCAGCAGGUGGUGGACAUGGACACCGGAGAGGAGGAUCCGACGCCGCUGCAACUUUGAACUGCAUCGCGGUGGUUCUCCCCGAGGGCUACGAGAGAGAUUUUAUGGAG